AUGACAAUGGACUUCUACAACAGCCGAUAUUUUAGCAUAAACAGGCGUAUGAUGACUAUCAUGGGGCUUUGGCCUUAUCAGGACUUCAAAACGAAACUUUUUAUACGCACCUUUCUCGCUAUAGUCCUUGGCAUUGCUUUGAUUCCGCAAAUUAUUAGUAUAGUUAAGUAUACAAACGAGGACAGCGACAAAGUAAUACAAGGCAUAGCGACGCUCCUCUAUGUUACUGGCAUCACUUUAAAAAUACUGACGACUAUUACCAGUGAAAAAAAGAUUGAAAUAGUCUACAGAAACAUCGUGGAUAACUGGAAGCUGCUAGAUGACGAAAACGAGAUUCGAACGAUGACCGAGUACUCUGAGUUCGGCAGACUCUUAACGAUCGGUUACGUAGCCUACAUGUUUUUCGCUCUGGGUUUGUUCGUGACAAUGCCGAUGCUUCCGAUGAUGAUAGACGUGAUCUCGCCGAUAAACGGCUCUCGACCGCGAAUCUUCAUCCUCGACGGCGAAUACAUCGCGGACAAGAACGAAAAUUACGGAAAAGUCUACAUAUUCGAAAGCCUCACCUGCAUAAUGUCCGUUUUCGUGUUCUCCACUGUAGACUCGACCUACGCGGUUUGCGUGGAACAGUGCGUUGGUUUGAUGGCUGUGGUUAGGUUGCGCUUGAAACUGGCAACCGCGAAAGCAGCGCGAAUGAAGUACAAAAGCGAUAGUGACGAGCAUGACAUUCCGUACCAAUUAGUUUCUAGCAGUGCUAAGUUACACAUAAAAGCUAUAAGCUUCGCGAGAAUUCUCGACUCUUCCUAUUCCGUGAACUUUCUCUUGUCCAUGGGAUCGAAUGUGAUGAUACUUAGCGUUGGAUCCGUCGUUAUUCUCAUUAACUUGGGUCGGCCAAUGGAGUUUAUAAGAUACAGCAUGAUUUUCAUAGGACUAAUGAUACACAUGUUUUACCUCAGUUGGCCGGGCCAAAAAGUGAUCGACAGCAGUCAGGGCAUUUUGUACGAUGCAUACAACAACGAAUGGUACGAGUGUUCGAAGAAAACUAAGACGCUUUUAAAAUUCAUGAUGUUGAGGUGCAUCGAACCCUGUCAACUGACAGCUGGUGGAUUGUACGUCAUGAAUAUUGCGAAUUUCGGCUCGCUGGCAAAAACAUCGAUGUCUUAUAUUACAGUGUUUGCGUCGUUUAGAUGA